AUGCAGUGCCUGCCACAAUUGAUAUUGGCGCUGGCGCUUUGCGCUGUGUUCGCUCCAUCCGAUACCCAAGCCCAUGGAUCAUCCGGCUAUCGCUUGGGCCUGCGACCCGUUGGUCGUGGCGAGAAUGUCUAUCCCGAGGGUCGAUUCACCUCGUCGAUCGUGAACAAGUUCAGCUCGCUGAAGGGCACCACGACAACGACGACAGCAGCCGACACCAUUUCGCCCACGACAACCACGGGCACAUCGACAAUCACUGAUACACCGACAUCGGACACCACAACGCCAUCGACAACCUCGCCAACGUCAUCGACCACAACAGGCAGAAGUUUCGGACCUGGCGGCGAACUUGCCGCCGAUGAUGAUGCCGAUGAUGAGGAACAGCAUCCGCUGUACAAUGCUCGUGCCUACGACGAUGAUGACGAUGACGAUGAUGAUGAUGAGCCCAUCCAAGAUGAUGGCGACAACGAUGUCGACAGCGACGAUGAUGAUGAUGACGACGAAGAGGGCUUCUACAUGGUCGCUGGCAGUGCUGCUGCUGGCCCAGCUGCUCAACCGGCUGCCGCCGCCGUUGCCGUCAGUGAUUCGCAUCCCAGCCUGGUGCGUCGGCCCACCGAACAGCAGUGGCGUCAAUUCCAGCUGGAGCAGCGCAAUCGUCGCCGCAUGAAUCGCCUCCAGCGUGAGCACAAUCAGCGCAUUCGCGAGCUGCUGCGUCGCCAGCGCGUCUCGCAGCGUCGCAACACGCAGCGUGUGCAACGCAUCCAGCAGAACAAUCGCCGCAACAGCCGCCGUCGCAAUCGCCGCAACAAGACUCGCUCCAAGAACCAGCGUCUCCGUCGUCGCCGCAACAACCGUGAGCGUCGUCGUCGCCAAAAGUCGCAGCGUCAGCGUCGCCGCCAACGCCUCAACCAGCGUCGUCUCCUCCGCCAGCUGCUGCGUCGCCGUCGUCGUGGACGUGGCCGCAGCCUGCACCGUGUGCUCGUUGCCUAA